AUGGACAUCACGGGCCUCCCGAGCGAGCUUAUCAAUGUCAUUGCCUUCUCGGGUAGCCUCUCGGCGCUCGACGUGACGCGGCUGAAACAGAGCUGCACAACGCUCUACCGCGCACUCUCCGGCACCUUUGCUGACGACAUGCACCCGCGGCUCGCGCUCGAAGCUGGCGGCGAUGCCUCCUGGGACAUCACACGGGCUCUCUGCGGCGCGGAUGCGCUUGCCCGCGGCGCGAGCGGCAGCCCGUGUCGCGCCGACUGGAUGGCUGCCAUCCGCGUGCUGCUAGCCCGGGCCGACGUCGUUCUGCAUGCGCGAUGGACCGAUGCGCUCGCUUGCGCUGCCUUUGCUGGCGAUCCGGAACUUGUGGCGAUCCUCCUUGCCGACGAUCGCAUUGAUCCGACGGCAAACGGAUCAAGCGCAGUCCGCGGCGCGGCCAAGGCCGGCAACGUCGAGGUGCUUGCCAUGCUGCUCGCCGAUGGCAGGCUCGAUCCAGACAACACCGAAGAUGACGCGCCGGCGCUCACCAUAGCUUGCCUCUUCUGCAGCAAUCUCGAGGUGAUUUACAUGCUCCUUGCCGAUGAUCGGGUCAACCCUGAGAGAAAUGACAACUCCGCCAUUCGCGCAGCGGCAGAAAAGGGUCGCACCGACGUGGUCCGCCUUCUGCUCGCUGAUGCCCGCGUCGAUCCCAGUGAUGAAGGCAACGAGGCCAUCGGCAUGGCUUGCAUGCGUGGCUUUGCUACUACCGUCGACGCGCUCCUUGCUGACCCGCGGGUCGAUCCGUUCGAUGGCACGUUUGCGCUCCAGAUGGCAGCAAGGAGCGGUCACGCCGACGUGGUGAGGCAGUUGAUUGCCGACCCACGGUUUGCGGCGAUAGGAGACGCCCAACUCGAAGAAGUGUGCUCUCUCACUACGCUGGCCGGCCACCACGACAUUGCCCGCGAUAUUCUCCGUGCCGCCGGCACCGCCCGUAGCCUCACCCCCGCCGAUCGUCCAGGCCCGGGAUUGUAA